UUUAACAUGCUGCAAUACUUGGGGUGGUAGUGACAAGAGUGCCUAACAAGUUAACUUGACUUUAACGAGCUCUUAACUUCGCAUAUGCGGACCUUUGCUGGCAGUUUUUCUUUUGAGUUGUCCGUGUGCGGACGUGUCUUCUCCCUUAAAAGCGCGUAUUAUGGCUAGUACUAGGCUUUUCAUUUUGUCUGCCUCUAUAAUAUUGUAACAUGCCACAUAUGUGUGCUUGUAUGUGAAUUAUUUGACUGGAACUACAAUUUGAUGGUUGAUAAGUGCUAAUUUGGCGAUAAUUUAUUUGGUAUUAAACGCGAAUAAUCGAAGUGUGCAGAGUUGCGUGUAAAAGUAAAGAUUUGUGUGAUUUUUGGCAAAAUUAUUUAAGCAUUAAUGUGUCCGUUGUCGUAGAAACUUAAACAUUUCUAGCGCUAUUGUGCUGCAUUUAGUAUAGCGCUGAAUUAAGUUUUAUUGAAGACGUUAAAGCAAACAGUUGGCAACAAAAUGGCUCAUGGUAAUAGUGCAGAAGUCGAGCUCAAGGAGCGUCUAGUUGCCGCUGUUAAAAAGGAGGUCAAACAGCUGAUGGAAGAGGCUGUCACCAAGAAAUACAUACACGAAGAGAGCAGUUCAGUAACACAGCUAUGUGCCGCUGUCGAAGCUUGUUUGAGUCAAGGCUUGCGUCGACGUGCUUUGGGUUUAUUUAAGACCUCCUCGACAACUGCUUUACUACAUAAAAUCGCCAAAUCCUGUGAAGAUGCCGAAUGUAUCAGCAAGAAAGUGUUGGAAAUCGAAGCAGCCGAUCCAAGUAAACGCUCAUCGUCUAGUAGUGAUAGUGUCAAUCGUCCACCGAUGUUGAAAAAGGGUAGCAGCACAUCGGUUACGACGAUGAGUUUAAGUGGUUCCAAUAUCACGAUGGCUUCAAUGAAGUACCUAUGGAUCCGUUUGGCUUUGUUCGAAAAGAAGUUGUCCAAAAUAAUUGAAUACUUAGUGGCAAAUGCCAGUACUUACUAUGAUCGCGACUCACUUGUAGCAGACUCAGACUAUGGCUCUAUAUUGGGUUCGCUUUUGGUUGGACCAUGUGCGUUGGAAUUUACAAGAGUCAAAACAGCCGAUCAUUACUGGACUGAUCCGCACGCUGACGAACUGGUCAAACGCCACCGCAUCAGUUCGGGACGUCGUUCUUCCUCAACUUGCUCAAGAGCACCAAUAUUAAAUUUCAAACGUAGUCUCAAUACCAGCACAGACGAAUGCACCACCGGUGCUGGCUUCAAAUCAAUAGCUUCUACUACAGUGGCCAAAGAUUACGUCGAGUCGUUGCAUCAAAACUCCAGAGCUACAUUGUUAUAUGGAAAGAAUAAUGUAUAUGUGGUGCCGAAAGACGUAAAUGAGAAAAUGCCCGGUUAUUUGAGCCUACAUCAGCAUGUGCAGACGCUCAUCAUUAAGUGGACGCCGAAUCAACUCAUGAACGGAUACAAUGAGGAGGAGGAGGAUGAUAAUGAGGAACUGGAUAAGGAAUUAUACUGGGCCUAUGCGCUCAAUAUUAAUGUAGAUGAGAUUGUGUACGUGCAUUGCCAUCAGAAUCGUGGUGAAGAUAGUGGCGGCAUUAUAGUGUUGGUUGGGCAGGAUGGUGUGCAACGUCCGCCGAUACAUUUUCCCGAAGGCGGACAUAUGCAACAGUUCCUAAGUUGCUUGGAGACCGGCUUACUGCCGCAUGGUCAGUUAGAUCCUCCGCUUUGGUCACAACGUGGCAUCGGCAAGAUAUUUCCAUGGCCGAAGAGUGUACGCAGGCGUAUUUUACCCUCAGUCAUGGAAUCGUUUGAUGAGACUCCAAUUGAUUAUGUCUUUCGUAUUGUGAGCAAAAGCAAACAUGAGGAAUUUGCUGCUACUCAUUCUAUACUGGAUUUUGUGCGCAGUACUCCACGUCGUGCGCAGCUAAGCAGUUGUUCGACUACGGGAUCGAGUGAUUGUUCUAGCAAGAGUCUCUCUAUAGAUCAGCAUCCUUUGGAAUCUCCAUUGGUCCAGACAAAACAAAACACGAGUAUUGAGAUGGUGUGUUCAACAAUGCGAAGACAAAUAAUAUCGAGAGCAUUUUAUGGUUGGUUGGCCUACUGCAGACAUUUGUCAACUGUUCGCACUCAUCUCUCAGGAUUGGUAAAUGGACGUAUAACACCAGAAUUAAAAGCCGACGAGGAUGGACUAACAAAAGAACGCUGGGAAGCUUUAAAUGUCAAUGGUGUUGUUAAAAAUGAAGUGGACGUCUACCGGCUUGUGUAUUUUGGUGGAGUGUGUGCAGAGCUUCGGAAGGAAGUAUGGCCGUAUCUUCUUGGACACUACAGUUUUGGUUCGACACCAGAGGAGCGACAGAAGCAAGAUGAGACCUGCAAACACUACUACGAGACGACAAUGAGCGAGUGGUUGGCUGUUGAUGCGAUCGUACAGCAAAGGGAAAAGGAGAAGACGGCACGUGCUGUAGCCAAACUCAGUUCGGGCAGCAAUAGUGGAAAUGAUAAGACUGUGCGUGCCGCCUAUAUAGAUGCGGGUGAUUUAGAUAAUGAAGUUUUUGAAGAUAUAUCUGAUAUUUCGGAUCCUGGCGAGUUAGAAUACGAUGAAGAGCAACAACGGCAAGCAGAAGUCGAGGCAACAACAGGAAGCGGACAAAAUUACCUAAUGGUAAAACCCAUACCGCGUGCUAUGAAGACCAGCACAGACUCGGGAAAUGUAGACGAAACAAUGGAGGAAGAGGAUCAAGAUGAGGAAGAUCUGGUUAAUAAAGAUGACUACAAGCCGCAAGAAAGAGAUGCGUUGCCCAAGGAGCAGGUCACUGAUGCGGGCGUCAAUGAACCAAUUUCAAGUAAGAGCAACAAGAGCGAGCAAAUGUCGGUUGAAGAACCUGAAGAGAGCGCAUUACCAGAUCAGAGCGAAAAGACUUCACCAUCUUCGUCUUCAUAUGAAACGGUUGGCGCUGGUUUUGGUUAUACAGAUUUAAAUCUGCAUACUUCAAUAUCGGCAAAUUUGAAUUCCACCGAGGAGCGAGAUAAAAGCGUGCUGAGUCCCGAGUUUCUGAGCGCUGACGACUUGCCGGCACAACUUGGCGUUGCCGACGAAGAUGAGCGCGAAUUGACAGCAGUCGAAAUGAAUGUUGCUGGUCGACCUUCGGCUGUUAUUGUAACGAACGCCUCGAUUGAUGUGGCAAAUUGGCUGCCUGAUGUUAAAUCGGAAUGUGAACAAAUGCCACCUUUACUGGAGCAAGGAUCUAUGGAGGCGCACGCAGAAGUUGCUGCUGUGAGUAGUAGCACCAUUAUGGAUGCAUUACAAGAGCCAAAGUCGGCAUGCGUUUCACCGGCGAGCUCAAAUGGUGGCGUUUAUAGUAGCGAAUUGCUGGAACAAUUCGGAUUGAACCUACAUCGCAUCGAAAAAGAUGUGCAGCGCUGCGAUCGAAAUUAUUGGUAUUUCGCCAAUGAGAAUUUGGACAAACUGAGGAAUGUUAUAUCCACUUAUGUGUGGGAACAUUUGGACGUCGGCUAUAUGCAGGGCAUGUGUGACUUGGUCGCACCUUUACUCGUAAUUUUUGAUGACGAGUCGUUGUGUUACAGUUGCUUCUGCAAGCUUAUGGAGCGUAUGAUUGAGAACUUUCCGAAUGGCGGGGCCAUGGACAUGCACUUUGCGAAUAUGCGUUCCCUCAUACAAAUUUUGGACUCGGAGAUGUAUGAUCUGAUGGAUUCGAAUGGCGAUUAUACACAUUUCUAUUUUUGUUAUCGCUGGUUUUUGCUCGAUUUCAAGCGUGAGUUGGUCUAUGAUGACGUGUUCGCGACUUGGGAAGUUAUUUGGGCGGCCAAACAUGUGGCCUCUAGUCAUUUCGUGCUCUUCCUCGCUUUGGCGCUACUGGAAACUUAUCGUGACAUAAUACUGUCGAACAGCAUGGAUUUUACAGAUGUGAUCAAGUUCUUUAAUGAAAUGGCCGAGCGACAUAAUGCCCAAGCGGUGCUGCAAUUGGCACGCAGUUUUGUCUUGCAGUUGCAAAUGAUAAUCGAAAAUAAAUAAAUUGCUUUAUUGUUAUUGUUAAGUGAUGGAAAUGAACGCAUUGAGUUUAGUAAACUAACUGUGCUUGCAUUCCACUUUGUAACCGCCAAUUGACAGUGACUUCCAAAGUAAACUUACUAAAACAAAAUGAAAAGUAUUGAUAAAGAAAAAAUAUGAAGAAAUUAUGUAAUUAAUAUUUUAGUAAAAAAUUAUUUUAAAAUUUAAAUUAUUAUCGGAAAAUGGUAGAUGUACAUAUGUACCAAAUAUAUUGUUUUAAAUAAUAUGAAAUGGUAUUGAGAAAUAACAAUUAUUACAAAAAAAACCUUAAAAGUAUAGAAGAAUUACACAAAAAAAAAACACAUCAUAAUAAAAUAAAAAAAGACAGAGGCAAUAUAAUCCACGCAAUAAAUGCAUCCCAAUAUGUCUCAAAUACCGUGAGUGUAAAAAAAAAAAUGUUGUCGGAUUAAUUUUUUAAAAGUAUACGUUU